GUCACUACCCCUUGCUACUCACCGCCAUCGAGGACGACGGCGACAACGACUGUGAGAUUCACAACAGAUGGAAACCAAUACAUUCAAACUGCUUGAAUCCACGACGAUCAAGACUUUGCACGCUCACAGCUUUACGCGCUCGUCCACUCAAGCCUCACUCGUGCUCACAGACCUCCUGUCCCGGUAUCUUUCUCUGCUCACAUCGACAUGUGCACAAUAUGCGCAGCACGCAGGUCGAACGAAUCUUACCGCACGCGAUGCUCUAUUUGCCCUGGACGAAAUGGGAGUGAAUGUGGAUGAACUGGGCGAUUAUGCGAGCGUGGAAGGGAUGGAGUUGGGACGAUAUGCGCAACAACGGACAGCAAGGAGAGUAGAGGAGCUGAAUGAGCUCAAGGCGGUCCUACGGGAGGGUCUCCCAUUGUCACGCGAGGUAAUUCCGCUGGAAUAUGCUCCAUUACCCGACAUCCUUCCCGAUGACAACGACGAUGAGGAUGAUGAGGAUGAUAAUGAGCCUGAGGAGGAAGACGAACCUUCUCGUCAGGAGGGAACGACGGAAAUGGAACUUCUGGACGACUUCCCUCCUCUUCGACGUGUGUCGCAGCUGCCAGUAACACCUCCGCCACAACCUACAACGCCUCCACUUCCGCUAUCUCCUAUCUCAAAUCCAUCAUCCCCAGCCCGCAAACGUCCACGGACAGAGAACUGGCAGCCACCAGACCAUAUCCCGAGCUUCCUCCCACCCUUUCCAUCUGCUUCCCGUGUUUCUCCAGAACCUGAGCCUCUCCCGCUUGCCUCCCUUGCAUCGCGGAAUCCUGCAGCAGACCGUCCAGCAUCUCCGCCUCGGCAUUCUUCGACUGCACCAGCAGAUUACGCCACAGCCGUCCCAUAUACGGAUUCAUCUCUGUCCGGAAUUCCAGAAUGGCAUCUCCCAGCCUCAUUACUCCCCUCAUCGACUUCGUCUUCCCAGUUGUCGUCAUCUCACCCCCGCCUUCCAACCCCCCAAGUCCCGCCCUCUCUUAUAGCAGCUUAUCACCACAUCCUCACCCAUCCACCACCCGCGAACCCGAACGCCGCGAACCCCUCUCGUCACCGUGUCGCUAUGGCUCUUCUAGACCAGACACAAAAGAAAUCACGCUGGGAGCCCGCUGACACGCUCUACGCGAACUUGACGCCUAACCUCCCAACGGUCGCUCCGUUUGGUCCAUCAUAUGCCGUUCCUGUUAAUGCAACUCCACAGAAUGAAAAGAAAGAUGAGGAUGGGAAGGACAAGGAGAAGAGAUUACCGGGCGUUCAUCCGCGUUCCGUCGUUCCAUUCGAAAGAGGGUCACCGCUCAUAAGCUCUCAAACCUCUCGAAUACCGGAGUUAGCGCGCGAGGUGCUGCCGAACCUCGUGCAUACGCGGGUUACCCGUCUCAGUCACCCGCCCAUUCUUUACAGAAGCAACGAGAAGUUGACGUAUGGUCCUGGAGUGCCUGCUCAUUGGAACAAGACCGCCGUUCCUAUCCUCCCUGCAGGCGUUACCGCUGGUCCAACGCCCAUCACUAAUCUUCCAAAUGGCCUGACCAAUGGCAAAGGCAAAGAGAAAGCCAAGGAUUCCGACAAGGAUAAGGACAAGGCGGCGAAUGGUGAUGGGCCGGAGAAGGAGAGCGUAUUGCCGGAUGCAAGGUUCUAUGCUACCUGGGAUUAUGAGCCGAGGAACUAUAGAGACCAACUAAUACCCACCUCGAAGAGAGCCAAGCAGCCAGGUGUUCAGAGCAAUAUGUUCGGGGUGGGCAUGAAGAGGAGCACGAGUGAGAGCUAUGGGAAGGCAGGUUAGCUUUUUGCUCGACAUCGCGGUGCUUCGGGCAUGAUGCUACAGUUGUUGGAGUGGAUGGACGAUGUGUUUGACUGUUUUAUUCUUUGUACUUCAUUUAUUUUCGCUGCGUUGUUUUGUCGAUUGCAAUUCGCUGUCCUCUUCGUUUCCAUGGUUGUUCUUCGUACUUCUCAGAGCUACACUCCAUGCUGUAGUCUGUACUUAGGAGAGUGGUCAUUGAGCUCGACUCACGAAACCGG